AUGACUUCCUUGCACCCUGCGGCUACCAGCAGGAGACCAGACUCAGAGGAUCUCUCGCCGUCCAUGAAUCGUUCGAUUGACGAUGACGAGGAUGACGAGGAUGACGAAGACGAGGGCCGCCAAGGGUACACUAUGCCUUCCACCAGACGGAUGAUAGAUAAUUUCGUCGAGAAGGUGUUCAAGUUUGACGAUCUGGAGUUGACCAAGCCAAAGGACAGCGUCUUGAUUCAUCCUCUUUCUCGAUUCUUCCAGACAUGGGAGUUUUUGUCUGGAAUAUUGUUGUUGUACACGACGUGGGUCACACCACUUCUGAUAGCGUUCUUCUCCGAGCAAGAAGGAUUUUGUGCGCAUGCGCCCACCCUCAAGUUUGACAUGGCUGUGGAUCUUUUCUUCAUCACAGAGAUUUUCGUGCAGUUCUCGACAGGCAAGCUGUUGGGGAUCGAGUACAUCUUAGAGCGAGGGAGAGUAGCAUUGAUUUACCUCCACCAUGGCUUCGUCACUGAUGUCUUGGCUGGUCUGCCGAUAUCUUUUCUCGAAUAUUUCCUCAUCGAAGACACACCUUGCUCGUCGCAAUCAGCCGGAUAUUCUAACAGUGCGUACGUGCGAUACCUGAGGCUUGUGCGAAUGCUCAGGAUGCUCCGACUGCUCAAGGUCCUCAAGAUCUUCAAUGUUCUCCGGGACUUCUUCUUGUGGCGCCCGACGGUGGUUCGCCUCACCAAGGCAGCCUUUUCAAUCUGCAUGAUUGCACACAUCGGGGGAUGCCUGUGGUGGUUCCUGAAACUGCAGGAGCUCUCACACGAGGAGCUGGCGGCGUUCAAAGCAGAAUACAAUCUCGAUCAUCGCGUCUCCUCGCCCUACAUAGUCUCAGUGUACUUCCUCAUGGCAACUCUAUGUACUGUUGGCUACGGGGACAUCUCAGCAGAGCGACUGUUUGCCAUCGCUUUGAUGUUCAUCGGGGCUUCUGUCUUCGCCAUCAUCAUCAGCAACAUGUCGGCACUCGUAAAUUCCGUUUCUUCGAGUGAGAACGAAACUUUGGAUCAGAUGGAAAAGGUUCUUGAGUUCAUGAGGCAGAACAAACUGCCGCAAGCGUUGGAGCGUCGAGUGCAAAACUUUUACUUCUUCAAGGCAUCAAGAGUUCGGUCGUCUGCACAAUCGUCGCUGGUGCUGGCCGACUUGCCUGUGGAGCUGAGAAAUCAGAUUGAUCUAGCUCUCAAUCGACACCUGUUGGGCUCCAUUUGGCUGUUUGACAAGUUGGAAGAUGUUGUUCUUCAAGAGAUUGUUCGAAUCCUUGAUGUGGAGCUGAGGCUACCGGGGGAGACUAUCUACGAUCUGGGAGAUCAGGCGGACUGUCUCUACAUCAUCAUUUCAGGUUCUGUCACCCUGUCUCUCCGGGAAGACCCUGCCCUCAAGCUCCGCUCUGAGAUCCUCGACCAAAUUCAAAAGGGCGACGUCUAUGGCGAAGUUGCUAUCCUCAUGGAUACCACUAGGGAGUCGAUGGCAGUGUCAGAUGGAUUUCUCGAGCAGUACGUCCUCUCCUCCUCCAACCUCGAGAUCGUCCUCAACGAGCUUCCCGACGUCAACGAGCGUCUCAAGCAGCGGGCGCAGGUGCGAGCAGAGCAGCUGUUCGGGGGGAUCCUGGAGCAGGAGGGGGCGCACUGGAAAAGGAAGAAAGCUGAUGAUAAGCAAGGGAACUUCAUCGAAUGUCUUUUUCUCAAGGAUAUUCAACUUCACAAUGGCGCAUUCAGACUUCAGGAGGAUGACAAGGGUUCAUCCGACCAGCUCGAUAAGGCGACGAGGGCCAAGAGGGAAGAAGAGCUCAUGAAGGAGGAGGAGGCAGGAAAUCUCCCCAGUUACGCGACAAGAGUAAGGAGGGAAGUGAGGUCCAUAUGCAGGAGUAUGCUGCUCGAGCAUGGACUCUCAGCAUCAGAUCCAGAGUUUCAAGACACGCAAGAGGGUUCAAAAGAGGAAGAGAAAGAGGAGGAAAAGGAGGAGGAGAAAGAGGGAUCAAUAUCUGAAGAAGUCACUCCGGAGCAGGAGGAGGACGUUCAAGAAUUCGGAGACAGAGGGCCCGACGGUUUCCUCCAGCAGUUCCUCGAGCAGCGGAAGAAGAUGAUGGAGAAUCAAGAGGAACGGGAGGAUGAAAAACCUCUGACGUUCGAGGAAGCGAAGAAACGAAAGGCAGAGCAGAUGAUGCAAGCAGAGAGAAAGAAGAAGACAACAUCUCUGCCCUUGCCUGAUCUCUCCCCUUCCGAUUGGAUCGGAUUCUUGCCAAAGCACAGGGAAGCGAAUCAGACCGCUACUGCUGGAUGGAAGCAAGAUGCUGAAAAUCUGGAAGAGGAAGAGGAGGUGGAGGAUGAUGAAGAAGUGGAGGGUGAAGAAAAGGUAGAGGAGGAAAACAAAGAAGAAGUAGAGGAAAACAAAGAAGAAGCAGAGAAUGAUAAAGAAGAGGUAGAGAAUAGUAAAGAACAGUUAGAAGAAAGGGAGAAGGCGAAACCAUUGAGUAGUCAACAGAAAAUUGGAAAGGAGUGCAACAAGAGGAAGCUAAAGGGCGAGUUUAUACAAGAAAGAGGAAAGAAGAGGAUGAUAUGA